UAGAAAUUAAUUAAAAAUAGAAAGGAAGGAAAUUUACCGUCAGGUGCUUCUUUGAGUGAAAAAACUUUCAAAGGGAAACUUUCAAUAUGGAAAACGUUUUUGAGAAAAAUCGAGCAAUAUUAACAGCAAUAAUAUAUGGAACUCUUUUAUUGGAUAACAUUCUGCUGACUGUAAUUGUUCCAAUUCUGCCAGAUUUUCUUCAAUCAUUUAACAACAAAACCCAAUCAAAAUUGAACAUUCCAUCAAGCGUUCUCUACAAAAGCUUUGAUUUGCAUUACAUUCCAAAUAGUAUGUUAAAUAAACAUCCAGUCGCUGGCAAUACCUUGAGAAACGUAUCAAAGGAUCAUUUAUUGCAACAUAACAACGGACAAGGCAUUUCUACUUUUAAUGUUGAGAUGGAGAAUGGAAACGUUGGAAUUUUACUUGCUGUAAAAGCUUUUGUUCAAUUAUUUUUCAAUCCGAUUGUUGGCAAUCUAAGUGGGAGGUUCGGAUAUAAAAAUCUCAUAUUUUGUGGGACUAUCAACCUUCUCAUAUCAUCGCUAAUUUUUUGUGUUGGCGAUUCAUUUUUGAUGCUUCUGAUAGCUCGUGCUGUUGAAGGCAUUGGAUCAGCUUGUAUCAAUGUUUGUGGAAUGAGUUUGAUUGCGCAACUUUAUCCUGAAGACCAUCAUCGCUCAAAAGUAAUGGGAAUUGUUCUUGGCUCAAUAGCUUUAGGAGUUCUCUUUGGAUAUCCUUUAGGGGGCAUUUUAUAUGAUUUUGUGAGUGAAUCAGCUCCAUUCAUCAUUAUUGCAUUUUUCCUGUUCACUGAUCUCGCAUUUCAAAUCACAUUUUUCGAUUUUUCCAAGUCUGAGUAUGAAGUCAAUGAUAUGGAAAAUCGUCGGAAAAAUGGAUCACCACAAUGGAUUCAAUUGCUUUCGAACAAGCUGGUGUUUACGAUAACAGGAGCUAUUUGGUUGUCAACAUCCGCCAUGGCAAUAUUAGAACCACUGCUUCCAAUAUGGUUAAUUGCACAUCUUCACCCUAAAAAGUGGCAACUUGGAACAGUUUUUAUUCCUGACUCUGCUGGUUACUUCAUUGGAACAAAUUUCUUUGGCACCGUUGCAUUUAAAAUUGGACAAAUUAAGAUGUCGGUGAUAGCAAUUAUGGUUGUGGGCGUAUCUUGUGCAAUAAUUCCCGAAGCAAAGACGGUUACAAGUUUGAUCAUCCCUCACUUUUGUCUUGGACUUGGCAUUGGCAUUCUUGACACUUCUUUAGUUCCUUAUCUUGCAAGAAUUGCUGAUUCAGUCAUUACAAGCGCUGAUGAUUGUUCAGAAGUUUCAGACGUGUCUGCUUCGAAUUAUGGAAAUGUUUAUGCAAUUCAACAAUCAGCUGUUAGUUUAGCAUACUCCAUAGUUCCAUUCCUGGGUGGCGAACUUGCUGAAUCAAUGGGAUUUCGAACAAUUAUGCGUAUUUUGGGGAUAACAAAUUUUAUUUAUGGUCCAAUUUUACUUUACAUUACAAUGAAGCAUAAUCUGAAUAGUUUGACAACCAAAGAACCAGACUUAUUACUCAAAGAAACAAAUCCUUCUAACUAUCGUAGAUUCUACGAUUCGAUUGAUUGAAUGAUGAGAAAUAUUUUAUAAUUAUAAAAAAUUUGAAAUAUUUAAUAAAAGCUUCAUAUCUCGAAC